AUGGAUGUAGAAUUGUACAUAUACGACCUCUCCAAGUAUUCGCUUCCCCUGACAGGGAUUCAGAUGGAUGCCAUCUACCACACAUCGCUCGUGGUCAAUGGUGUCGAGUACUACUUCGGCCAGGGCAUCCAGACCGCGGCCCCUGGCAGUACUCACCAUGGCCAGCCGAUGGAGAAGCUGCACAUGGGCCAGACCGAGCUCCCACCCGAUGUGAUCGAGGAGUACCUGGGGUCAUUGGCAGAAAUCUAUACUCCCGAGUCAUACGAUCUAUUUCUGCACAAUUGCAAUAACUUCACCCAGGACUUUUCCAUGUUCCUGGUCGGCAAGAGUAUUCCAGAUCGUAUCCGAAACCUGCCACGAGAUUUUCUCGAGACCCCGUUUGGUCAGAUGCUGAAACCCCAGAUCGAGAACGCUCUACGCGGAGUCACGCAGGGUACUGGACCGGGUCCAGUUCAGCAUCCAACAGCUCGACCUGCUGCUCCUGCUGCUACUAUUGCCGCUGAAUCAAGACAACCAACAGGCAUGGUCCGGAUGGUGAGCAAUCUCCGCCAGCUGGAGGGCGAGCUAGCUUCCGCGACGAAUUCCUGCGCAGUGAUCUUUUUCACGUCAUCAACAUGUCCUCCCUGCAAGGUCGUCUACCCAACCUAUGACGAGCUUGCCGCGGAAGCGGGUGACCGCGCGACUCUCAUCAAAGUCGAUGUUGGGUCUGCAUACGACAUCAGCACGAAAUACAGCGUGCGCGCAACGCCCACCUUCAUGACCUUCCUCAAGGGCAAAAAGCUGGAUGAAUGGAGCGGUGCCAGCCCGGCCCAGCUUCAGGGAAAUGUUCGCAUGCUGCUGGAGAUGGCUCAUCCAGCUCAUCCUCACCGAAAUCUCCGGCUCUCCAGCCUACAGCGGUCGAUCAACAACUUUGUCACGUACAAAAAGGUUCCACCCCUCGACAAGCUCCUCCAAAAGCUUCCCGCAGCCUUCAAACAGGAUCCGGCCAUUGCACCGGUGAUUGAAUUUGUCAAGCUUCGGCACUCUGCUGCUCCAGCUGCGGACGUGAGAGCUCCAGACCUACCCUCCUUCGCAGCGUCAUUACAAUCUUCCUACGCCACUCUCCCCAGCGACAGCCACUUCGCAGUCGUCGACCUCGUCCGUCUACUCUUCCUAGACCCGCGCGUGAGCGGCUACUUUGCAGAAGAGACCAACCACACCACCCUCCUCACGCUCCUCUCCCCCCUCUCCCACGAGGAAGAAGACCUCACCUCCGUCCCCUACAACCUCCGCAUCGUCGCCCUCCAACUAGCCUGUAACCUCUUCAGCACAGCUCUAUACCCCAUCCAGCUCGUCUCCUCCACAUCUCCCCUCCGCACAACCUGUCUCCGCCUCGCUAUCAACUCCCUACUCGACUCUCACCAGAACCUGCGCGUCGUGGCCGCCUCCUUCGCCUAUAACCUCGCCGCAUUCAACCACAACGCCCGCUUUGGGGGAAAUCCAGACCCCCUCGCCGAGGAAGACCAGGUCGAGCUGAUGGCGUCCCUGCUCGAGGCCAUCUCGCGCGAAGAGCAGAGUCCCGAGGCCCUGCAUGGCUUGCUUUUUGCGCUGGGCUUGCUAGUCUACGAGGCGCCGCUGGACGGCGCGCUGGUGGAUCUUUGUCGCGCCAUGGGCGCCACGGAGACGGUGGCGUCCAAGUCGGUGGUGCCGGCUUUGCAGAAGGAGCCGUUGUUGAAGGAGGUGGGGGCCGAGUUACUGGGGAAUGGGCUGUAG